CUUAAUGUUGCUGCGCUGGGAAAAUUUUGCGAUAUCAUAAUCGCAGUUUGUGUUUGAAUCUCUCCUGGCAGUGAAAAUUGUGAAUCUCAGCACCUUUUUGUGCCCUCUAGGAUGUUAGGAAAAUGGUGUAGCAAUUGUAAUUGUGUGUUCUAGUCGGUGCUGCCGGACGCCGGAUUCAUGGGUGAUACGCAAAACCAUGUCCAUCAUCAGGAUGCAAUGACUUCGAAUAGUAGCAGUAGCAGCAGCAAUCAACAGAAUAAUAAUCUCUCCGUAGUUAGCAGGGACCCUUCCAGCAGCACCACUUCCACUUCCGAUAGUUCGUCGUCUGCCGCUGCUGCGGGUGCUAGCAUCUCGAAUACCACCACCGCUAGCGCUGCCACUCCUAGCACCCCCAGCACCAUCGAGCCUCCUACCCUCUGCGUCCGAAGUAGCUCCGCCACGUCCAACAUCACUGAUAAGUCCGAUAACGAUAAUGUUGACACUGGCAGCAAGUCGAGCGAUAGUGGUAAUUUGGCUACCGUGGUAGACGGUGGUGGCAAGCCGGAGAAGGGAAUCGACAAAAACAAAUCGCAGAAGAAUUUGACCGAACGGGCCAAGAAAACGCCAUGGUAUAAUGCGAUCUAUCCUUCGUACAAAUCGCGGACGGAAGAUUUCAAGAAACUGUUCAAAGAAGUGUCCGACGACGAGCGGUUGAUUGUGGACUAUUCGUGUGCUAUUCAGAAGGAUAUCUUGGUGCACGGUCGGUUGUACGUUACGCAAAACUAUCUGUGCUUUCAUGCGAACAUAAUUGUCUGGGAGACGAGGCUCUCGAUCCGAUGGAAGGACGUUACGUCAAUUACUAAGGAGAAGACGGCGCGAGUGAUACCGAAUGCGAUAUCGGUCUGUACGGACAACGAGAAGCAUUUUCUCACCUCAUUUACUUCGCGCGACAAGACCUAUCUUAUGCUGUUUCGUGUAUGGCAAAAUGCGUUGAUGGAAAAACCUAUUAACCCUCAAGAACUCUGGCAGUGGGUUCAUACGUGUUACGGUGACCAGCUCGGACUGACGAGCGACGACGAAGACUACAUCGAUCCGUACGAUAAGAAUACGGAAAAGGAUACCAUCGACAAGCUAUCUUUGGAGGAUCUUACCAAAGACAUCACCGAAGAACUAUCGGACGAACCGACGACCAUCAUCAUGGUGGUAAAGGAGACGAAACCGAAGAAGACGGUCCACGCGAAGGCCGCUUUCAAUCCGGAGAGCAAUCUGUCCACCCCAUCAGAGUUGCUCCCCACGGAUAUGUCCGAUUCGACGGAAUCCGAGAAGGAGGAGGAAUUCUUCGCUGGAGUCGAAUGCAACUCACUACAUUCCGGACGGCAGUUGGUGCAUACUAUUCUUCCGAUCAACGUGGACAUUCUAUUUGAACUGCUUUUCUCUAAAUCUAAAUUUCUAACUGAAUUUCAUAACUCUCGUAAAACGACCGACAUGAUUCACGGCGAGUGGAAGGUCAACAGCGAUGGAUUGAAGGAGAGAGUCGUCUGUUUGACCAUCGCCAUAACUCAGACCAUUGGGCCGCGCAGCGCCCAGGUGACGGAAACGCAGCUCAUGCGGGACUGCAGCAAACCGGGUCAGUUGUAUUCCAUCGACGUGAACGCUGUUCAGGGAGGCAUUCCAUACGCAGAUAGUUUCUAUGUCACCCAGCACUAUUGCAUGUCCCGGACCAAGGACGACCACACGGUUCUCUCCGUUCACGCUCAAAUUCACUACAAAAAGAACAUAUUCGGCUUUGUGCGAGGAUUCAUCGAGAAGAACACCUGGGUUGGGCUGGAGGAUUUCUAUAACGCACUGCUCCGGAGCCUUCAGAGCGAAUACUGCAUUCCGCCGGCCAAGAGCAAAAGUCGCCGAUCUCGUAAGCCCGCGCUCUCUUACCAACAUCACGCCAAAGCCCUGGAGGAACCGUCGGUCUUACGGAGCAUCCCACAGCUCCCGGCGGCGGCAACCAGCGCCGCCUCCAAACCACCCGCCCCCCAAACGUUCUUCUCGUGGUUUAUUGUGAUUUUGUUAGUGAUUUUACUAUCGAUAAAUGUUGCACUCUAUGUUAAGCUUUGGAAUCUGGAGGGCGAAAACGAAAACCUCUUCAAGAAUGACGCCGCCUUGGCCGCCGAUGGUGUCGCUUUUGAUCAUAAAAUUUUGAAAAAUCCCCCCCAGACGCACGCCGAUUGGCUCGCUUUGCUGCACGAACAGGAAACCAAGCACGCCAAGGAAAUGAUAAAAUGGCAGCAGGUGCUGCACACGGUGACGGAUCUCCUUAGGAAGGUUAGCAGUAUUUGUGAGAAUAUUCCGACUAAUGUUACUACAUCUGCCGAUCUACCGCAGCAGGAAGCUUUCGGCAUGGAUGAAUUGUAGACUAGGCGGUUGUAGUUGUGAAGGUAAUAAAGUUUAGAUUUGACUAGAUGCUAUAUUCAGAGUAGGGAAAUUAA